GCUGAAGAACAAGCCCUGCGUGCUCUGAACUUACAGGAUGACUCAUAAGACUUUGGUAAACUAGCCACCCCGCGUACGUUAAAUUUCAAAUAAAAGAGUGCGUGGCUACCACUUCGUGUUCUCUCUUGGUAUCACAUCCGCCCUUCAGUGACUGCUGGUUACACGUGUUACACAGCACACAGCAGAUUUUCAUAUUUUGCUGUAAUUUCGCUAACUUUCACAAUGUCCGAGCUGCGUGUUGCUGAAAUAUCUGGUGAAACUGCAGAUAACCUAAGAAAAUUUAAAUUUCGGAAAUCCCAGAAUACAAUCGCCCUUAUAUUGAAAAUCGAUAAAGAAACUCUGACAGUCGAACCGGAACAAAUGCUUGAAGAUACCACGCUUGAAAAUCUCAAAGAUGCUUUACCGUACCAUCAACCAAGAUAUGUUCUUUUGAGUUAUCGAUCCGAAAAGGAGGAUGGUCGAGUAACAUUUCCGUACUGCCUUUUAUUCCUAACUCCAAUAGGUUCUGCUACGAACCUGAAGAUGAUGUACGCCGCAAGUCUUACGAAUGUGAUGCAUAAAAGCGAAGUUACGAAAGUGUUUGAACUCAGAGACCUGGAAGAACUGUCGGAUGAGUGGCUAAAAGAAAACUUGAAUCGCACUACUUGAGUUAAUAAUGUAAACUGAUCUUCACUUAUCGCUCAAACAAUUUUGUUUAUAUAUUUAUUUACCUGAAUUGAAAUCUGUGAAACGUUUAUUCUCUUUUAUCAUGAUAUGAGAAAUACCACAAUAAGAUUGUAAAUGAAAGUAUACACCGAAACAGUGAUAUAUAUAAUUGGUAA